UGUCAUUGCUAUCCGAGUUUGUGUUGGACAACAAAAUUGUUUUGCUUCGGUACCGUGGAAAUACCGUAGUGUAUUCUGUGCACAUCCCAACGGCAUGGAAAAUGAGCUAAUGAGCGCCCUGACGGAGCUGAAUGGCCUGAAGAAUCUCGAUAACAUGACCACGAAUCCCUCCCUGACCCGGGAGCCGGGAUUCGUCUUCUGCACAACCUCCACAGACAGCAAGUCUCACAGUCGUGUGGUCAUGAGUCCAAAGUACGUGUCUAAGAUCUACAGCAGUCCCAGGCGCUGUCCGGGCACACCGCUGCGAAUGCGCCCCUACACAGUUCCGGAGAGACACCGGACGCGCAGCGAGAGCCUGGAUCCCAAUUCCGGCGAGUAUCAGGACACCAUCGCCAUCGUGGCAGACGCCAUCGCCAAUCCUACCGCCACGGCCGGCAGCAGCACGAUGAUGGACACGGAUCCGGCUGCGCACACCAUGGAAAUCUCUGCGCCGGCGGGCGUCCGGGCGCGACGCGGAGAGGCGGGCUUUCCGCUGAAGAAGGCGCGAUCGCUGGAGGACGUGCGCGUGGAGAACCUGGCGGGAUCGCAGUUGUCGCAUGAGAUGGAAUUUGUGUCUAGUCGCAUCCAGAAGCUAAAAGUGCAGGAGUACUGAGUACGUCUUUCCCAUCUGCCAAGCAAUUCUGCCAGGAGCGGAACAUUUGUACAUAAACACCUUGUAUUGUAGCUGUAGAAUUGUAGCAAUAUUAUGAGACAGUCUCUGUUGAUACCUUUAGGACUUUCAUUAUGACAAUUUAUUAUGUUUAUGCAUAUGGAGUUGAUUGUAGAUACAAAUAAAUUUUAAUGGCUCUAAGUAUACGGGUAGAAAGUACACAAUAUUUAUUGCUUUGAAGACAGAGAGAAUUAUGGGGGAUUUUGCAUAAAUUGUACCUGAAAUUUUACCUCAGAAAUCGUCAUAUGGGUUCUCAGUCUUCCAAUGCUUGUAU